AUGCGAGGCGCGUCCUUCCGCGAGGCGUCCUUCACCGACGCCAUCCUCGACUCGUGCCACUUCGACGGCGAGACGACCAAAGAAAGAAAGAAAACAGACGAUCCAAGGGAGGGAGGGGAGGACGGCACGCCGCCACCACACAGGGACUUUAAGGAGAGGGGCGAGACGACCAUGUCGGGCACGACCUUCUCCGGCGACUUGUCCUUCCAGUUCGCGGGCGGGCUCCAAUUCGACCGCGUCGCCUUCAAGCAGCUUCCCGGCUCGGGCGCAUCCUUCAAGGGCGCGCGACGCGGCUCCAACCUCACCAACGCGAGGUUCGUCAACGCCUUCCUUGGCGAGGCAGACUUUGGCGAGGCGCUCGCGCCGGGGAGCGAUUUUACCGGCGCCGAGGCCACCAAGGCGGACUUCAUCAAGGCGGACUUGCGCGGGGCGUCUUUCCGCAGCGCAAACUGCGCCCGACAGACGGGAGCGAAUGAGAAGGCCAGUGAGGAGCGUGCGAGAGUAGGCGCAAAGCUGUGCUCGAGCCCCGACAUCAACACGAACGUGUGCGCCGAGUUCGACGUCCCCUUCAUGACCGGCACGCCGAUCAACAUGGACACGGCCGGGAUGGACAUGACCGGCUGA